CCAGAACUCAGAAUCCAGUUGUAGUCUUAUCAUGAACUAUCAUCUAUCUCUUAGCAGUUCCAAGUGAAUCAAAUGAAAGAUUCAAUGUUUUUAUCAUGCUCAUUGUGAUAUAUAAAUAAACAUUUACAACUAACCUGAUCAAUUGUGAUCAUUCAAAUAACACUGAGAAUAAAUUUUAUAUUAAUUGUGAUAAAUUAAAGUUUCAUCAUCAAGUUUACUAUUAGUUAUCAAGUUUUACUUGUUAACUUGUUGAACUGAUUUACAAUCAUCAUGAUUGAUUCAUAUUCAUGGUAAAAAAAUAUACAACAACACCAAACAAAUAUCCAUAUAAAUUGAAGGAUUAGUUUUUAUUGAUGUUACGAAAGAAAAAUCAAUUUGAUUGUUUAUAUGUUAUCAUGAUUAAUUAAUCCAGUUUAAUCCAUCAACACUGAUCAUAAGUAAUCAUUAAUCAUCAUCAUAAUUAUCAUGGUUACUUUGUGUGUUCACUAUUAAUAACUUCAGCCAUUUAAAUCAUUAAUUUAUUAAUGUGUGAUUUAAGUUAAUCAAUUAUUUGAUUAUUGAUUUACUAAGUAAUCUAACAAUGGCUUUAAUCAGUCUUAAUCAUCGUUUUAAUCAUUACCAACUAUUUGUUUAUUAUCUAACCUUGAUUGACAUUUGCCUAUUGAUAGGAAUUGAUUCAACUGAUCAAAUUAAGAUAAUUGAAUCAAAUGUAACAAUUUAUUCAGAUAAUGAAACAAAUUAUUUUAAUCUAAGUGCUGUAAGUUUAUCUAAUCAAUUUAAAUCAGCAAAAAUUGAUGAUAAUUUAACAACAACAACAACAACAACAGAAUCAACAACAAUCAAUAAGAUUAACGUGAUUAACUUUGACGAAGGUGAACAAUUAAGAAAUGAAUCAACAAUUAGUGUUCCAAAAGAGUUACCAAUAAAAUUAUCAACUGAUAAUCCAAUUGAUUGUGUUAAUACAACGGUUAAUUUAACAGUAAUUAAUGAUAUUAUUAAUUUAACAACAACAAAAUUAACCAAUAACAAGUUGGUUGAUUUAUCAAUAGUAACUAAAUUAUCAUCAAAUAUGAUAAUGAUCAAACCAGUUAAUGAUACAAAUAAUAUAACCAUUAACAAGGUUGAUUAUAAUCAACAUCAUCAUGAUAAUGAUUCAGUAAAUGAUGAUAAUAAUAAUUUGGUUAAAAUGAAAUUAAAUAUUACAAGUAAAAGUGUUGAAAGUUUACCUGAAAAAAAUUCAUCGGUUAAUGAUGUUGAUAAUCAACAAACAAUCAAUACAAGUGUUAAUGGUUUCAAAGUUAAUCAUGAUCAUGGUGUUAAUUUGAAUCAUGAUGAUGAUGAAAUCAUUUCAACCCCAUUCUCAAUCAACAUUACCACCAGUAUCACCACAGGUACCAUUGAUAAUUAUGUUAACAAUGGACCAUCUAAAUGGUCAGUGAAUUUAACAAACAGUGACCAUAAUAAUAAUGGUAACAAUAAUAAUGAUCAUCACCAUUUACCUGAUGAUGAUAAUGAGUAUCCUCAUGGGAAAUUUCAACAACAUCAUCAGACUAAACUUGACCAGCAUGAAAUAACAUCCCAGUUACAGGUAUCAUCAACUGAUGAAGAUGAAGAUUCUGAUUCUGAUUCAGGUGGUCAAAUUGUUGUCAUUGGCGGUGUUAACAAUCCUGGUGUUGGUACCGGAACUACUGGUGGCAGUGGAGGCAUCAAUGAUGGUGAAAGUGACCUGUACCUUGUCUCAUCUCGGCGAAAAUGUCAACCUUCACAUUCACAUGGGAUCUAUUGGGAUUCAAUUGAUGCCUCACUCAUGGCGAGUAAACUUUGCCCUUCACCCUACAUGGGUACAGCUUAUCGAGCUUGUUAUUCAAUGGGACACUGGGACACUCCCGAUCUAACCGAAUGUCGUCUUCCUCAUCUUCGUGAGAUCCAAAAUCUGAUCUUCUAUCAUGUUCAUAAGCACCUUGUCGAUGGACUAUAUCCUCUGGCUGAGGAACUCAAUCGAUUACUUUUAUCGACAUCGAUUCCGAUAUUAAGUCCAAUGGAUAAACUCGAUGCUCUCGAUUCCCUGAAUUCAAUUCUUAAAGCUAAGGUUCGAAUAAAGUUGGACGAAGAUGAAGAUCGAGAUCAUCUAUUUAUCAAGUCACUCAUUUCCAGUUCCGAGCAACUUUUGACCAAACUUCCAUUAACUUUUACCAUUGAGACGGAGAAAAAUGCUCUAUUAACCAUGAAAUCUGCUGAAACUAUAUUCGGACUUAAAGCACUUUCAGAAUCACUACUCAGAACUCUGAUUGUUUUCUGUAACGAUGGAACCAUCCGUCGAAUCAAAUCUUUCAAUUCGAUCACCAAGAACAUAGCUAUAACAUUAACCCACAUCACUCCCUUUGGUGAUCGCAUUUCCUUAUUACAUUCAGAAUUAAAUUCUGACUCAAUUGAGAUGGAAUCAGAUAAACAGAAUAAUUCUGAACACCCAAAUAGACCCAAAGCUCAUAUUUUUCUAGACGAUUUACGACGAUAUGGAAUUGGUAUAUCAGAGAUUUGCCUUCAUUUAAUUGGAAAUGAUUUUAAUACCGAUACAAUUAAUUUAAUCAGUGAUUUAAUUGUGAUCUCAGUGGUUCCUCCAAUUUCAAUUGAAGCCAAUUUUGAGCGGAUACCUCAAGUUGAGAUUGAUUUUAAUCUUACACCAAGUGAAUUAAGAUUAGCAAGUGAUAAUUUAAUCUGUGGGAAAAUUAAAUCACCAAGAGAACUUUGGAGUCAAAGGGAAUGUCAAAUUAUUUAUCGAAAUUCAAGUUUCAUUAGAUGUUCCUGUUCAGAACUUGGUGUUUUCGGAAUAAUCCAUGUAAAAAGUUCAACCUUCCAGCAACAUUCAUAUAAUCACCAUCACAGUCAAUGUCAUUUUAAUCCGCUUACUCUUUACUUUUCCUCUGGUCUAAGUUUAAUACUUAUCCUAAUUACCAUGGUUGGACAGAUGAGCACCAUGAUAAAAUGUCAGAAUCAUUGGAAAUCAUGUUACAUUUUACUUAAUCUUUUAACAAGUUUAGCACUAAUUGAAAUUAUAUUCCUAUUCGGUGGUCCUAUUCAUUCAUCAUCAUUUUCAUAUCAACAACUAUUGCCUUCAUCAUCAUCAUCAUUAUCAUCAGGUUCACAUAUAAGUUCACCUCAAUUCUGGACAUCAUGUAAAGUGAUUUCAAUGAUUCUUCAUUAUUUACAUCUUGUAGCGGCAUUUACAAUGUUAUCUUAUUCAAUUUAUCUUUUCAAGAAACUUUGGCGUUACCAUGAAGAUAUUAUCAUGAUAACCGAUGUUAAUAACAAUAGUGAAUCAUCAUCAUGCUAUUCAGAUACCAUUGGGUCAACAAUAUUACCAAUUACAGUGACCACAUCCAAUAAUAACAAUAGCAACAAUAGUCAACAACAGUUAAGUGAGUCUAUUCAAUCAACUAAUCACAAUCAAUAUUAUCAGACUCGACAACAACAACAACAACAACAACAAACUAUUCAGCGAUCACAAAGCCUCUCAGCAUCAUCUUCAUAUUCAUCUUUUCCUUAUUCAUUUUCAUCCUCAUCUUCAUCUUCCUCUACAACACCAGCAACCACUGAUUCGUAUGAAAAUGCCUUAAUCACUUGGAAUCAGCCCAAUCUUCAUAAAGAACCAGAAUCACGUCAAAUUGUCCAUCUACUUUUAUUCACUUGGGCUGGACCUUUACUUUGUGUUGUUACAUCAAACAUCAUCAACCCUCUUGGAUAUGAAACCAAAAGAUAUUGCUGGAUGUCCAUUGAAGGUGGAAUGAUGUUUUCCUUCAUCGUGCCUGUUUCAAUACUCAUAAUGAGCAAUACGAUUACCAUGUUAUUAAUAUUGAAACGAUUUUUCGCUUACAAACCAAUAACACACAAGAUUGAAAUCGAAAGAGUCGAACCUGCACUUCGAUCGGGUGUCUCAUUGUUACCAUUUUUCGCAGUUAAUUGGUUUCUAAGUGUUCUCGCCUUGGAAGAUACAGCGACCGAUAUAUUUCAAUAUCUAUUUGCUUUUUGUAAUCUAAUUCAACAUCUAUUGGUUUUCCUGUUCCAUUGUUAUCAGCGACCUGAGAUUUACCAACGAUUUUCAAUGUACUUUGCCUAUGGAAAUGGAUCCAAUCGAAUAAGUAAAUCGUCGUUAAAAUCUAAGCGCAACUAUUGGUGUUCAGGUCAUUGUGCCACCGUUCCUCUGUUGAUCUAUUCCGACGAUGGUUCAGCUCGUUUACAUGAUAAUUGUUUCGAUGAUCCAACAAUUGAGGCCUCACGAUUUAAAGAUCAAUGAAAAGGGUUUCUUUUUGUACAUCAAGUUUGACAUUGGUACACAACUUAAUUGGAAAGAUUCAAUUGAUAAUAAUCAACGAUUUAAACCAUAAUCAUCUUCAUUUCGUUAUCUUCAUCACCAAGGAUCUCUCGUUAAAUUGUUGAUCAUAAUAGUUAACAGCAAUUUAACAUUUUUAAUUCUGUUUGUCUCUCUCUCUCUCUCUCUCUCUCUCUCUCUCUUGCCUUGUAUCUCUUCAUUGUUGGAACCAAGGACAAUUUAACAUCUCUCUUUAAUCAAAUUAUCAAUAAGUUAUUAGUUUAAAUGUAUAAACAGCAAUUAUUGUGAAUAAAAAUUCAUGACAAUUA